UACCGUUCAACUUCUAAACCUAGCAGACACUCUAUAUUAAAGUCUCUGCCACCAAAAAUUUAGGGUUUCUUCCUUGGGGCAAAUUCAGACCAUUAUAACGUUCUUCAGAGAAUUCCAAAGCCACCAUGGUUGCUGCCAAGAAGACUAAGAAAACCCAUGAGAGUAUCAACAACAGGCUCGCUCUUGUGAUGAAGAGUGGGAAAUAUACUUUGGGUUAUAAAACGGUUCUCAAAUCCCUCAGGAGCUCCAAAGGAAAACUGAUUAUCAUUGCCAACAAUUGCCCACCAUUGAGGAAGUCUGAAAUUGAGUACUAUGCUAUGUUGGCGAAGGUUGGAGUUCACCAUUACAACGGGAACAAUGUGGAUUUGGGCACCGCAUGUGGCAAAUAUUACAGAGUUUGCUGCCUUAGCAUUAUUGAUCCUGGUGAUUCGGAUAUCAUCAAGACAAUGCCCACCGAGCAGUAGAGUUGUAUUAACUCCUUUUUUUGUCCUUAAAACUUUUGAUUGUUUGAUAUUUGUUCCCUGUUUUUUCAGACUUGUCUUGAAGAAAUUUUAAUAUAGGCUGAACAUUUUGGGUA